CACGCCAGCCGGAAGUGAGCUCCCGGGCAGACGCCGCCCUAGCUCCUCCGCGUCCUGGUCGUCGGAGAAAGAGCCCCAGGGCGGCGUGAGAGUGCGGCGAGGGGCUGCCUGUGAGGCCGCACCCCGAGUCUUUCUUUUCUUGGUCGGCUGGCGGGUCGCACGGUGCUUUGCGGCUGCCGUCAAGUGCGGCGGAGGCCGGCCGGGCCGAAGGCGCCAUGGCGGCAGGCCGGCUUCCUAACGCCAGGGUGGUGCUGGCCCCGCUGUUCUUGGGGCUCGCGCUGCUGAGCGUUGGACCUGCCCCGGCGCGGGCUCUGCACAACGUCACGGCCNAGCUCUUUGGGGCUGAGGCCUGGGGCACCCUGGCGGCCUUCGGUGACCUCAACUCCGACAAACAGACGGACCUCUUCCUGUUAAGGGAAAGAAAUGACUUAAUUGUCUUCUUGGCAGAUCAGAGUGCACCCUAUUUUAAACCCAAGGUAAAGGUAUCCCUGAAGUAA